AGCGGCCGGCACCAGGGCACCUCCCGCCUUGCGCGUGCGCAGACGAAAAACCAACACCCCGGAGUUAAGGCGCGGGUUUGGUGGCGCGUUUUAGCGAAGUCGCACGUGAAGGGCAGCAGUGGCCCGAGCCCGACCCAGCCAUGGCAGGCUCAGGCAGCAGUUCGCCAUGGGGCAAGCAUCUGUUCAAAGUCUUCCCGAUGGUCCUAGUGGCCCUCGUCCUCCUCCACUCAGCAUCGUCCCAGCCCCGUGGAGACUUUGGGCUGCCAGGCCAGCAGAAGAGGGAGGCCCCAGUUGAUCUGCUGAGCCAGAUAGGCCGAUCUGUGCGGGGAACACUAGACGACUGGAUUGGGCCAGAGACCACGCACCUGGUUUCUGAGUCCUUGUCUCAGGUGCUGUGGGCCAUCUCCUCAGCCAUCUCUGUGGCUUUCUUCGCUCUGUCUGGAAUCGCCGCACAGCUGCUGAAUGCCUUGGGGCUAGACGGAGAUCACUUCACUGAGGGUCUGAAGCUCAGCCCCAGCCAGGUCCAGACCUUCCUGCUGUGGGGCGCAGCAGCCCUGGUCAUCUAUUGGCUCCUGUCACUGCUCCUCGGCUUGGUGUUGUCCUUGCUAGGGCGGAUCCUGUGGGGCCUGAAGCUUGUCCUCUUCCUGGCCGGCUUUGUGGCGCUGGUGAGGUCCGUGCCCGACCCUUCCACCCGGGCCGUGCUGCUCCUGGCCUUGCUGACCCUCUACGCCUUGCUGAGCCGGCUCACUGGCAGCCGGGCCUCGGGGGCCCAGCUGGAGGCCAAGGUGCGAGUGCUGGAGCGCCAGGUGGAGGAGAUGCGCUGGCGGCAGAGGCGAGCGGCCAAGGGGCCCCGGAGCGUGGAGGAGGAGUGAGGAGGCACCCCGACAAUGCCACCUUCGUCAUACCAAAGAGCUGAGCUGCUUCUGGGUCACUGGCCCUCCUGCCAGCCCCCUGCCCCUCUCCUGCCAUCUCUGAACCCUCAGAACCUUUAUCUCUGCGCCAGACCCUCUAGCUGAGAGGGAGGAAGACCAUGCCCCCUGCUUGGUCCUCUGUCUGGGGUUGGUUCUCUUACCCCUUUCUCUGCUCCCAGCCUGUCCCAGCCACGGCAGCUUGGAUGGGCUUCCUCACCAGCUUCCGCAUCUGCUGUCGGUGAACAUCACUGCCAUUGGCCUCCCGUGACUCUGCCACCACCUUGCCUUCCUCCUGAUGCUCUGGCUCUCCUGUCCUCCAGCUCCUCCUUUGCCAAGUCCCCAGCUCCCUUCCUGUGUGUCUCCCUCCAGCCCUGUACUCCAAACAAACCACAGUCUCUCAAGGCCUGCUCCUGUCCCCUCCAUUGCCCCGCGUGGAGAAGAGGCAGGGCAUAAGGGACCUGAGGGGAAGGGAGGUGGGAAGCUUCCCCGCGGGGCUGGGGGCGAGAUGCACCCCGAGUCUGUUACAAGUGCCUUAAGACGUGCCAGCGGGCCCUCGGCUUGCCCGCUGCUGGACUGUAUCUCUAUGGCUGCUUCGUGUCAAGAAGAGAGUGAUUCCUCUCAGGAUCUUGAUUCCCCUUCAGCCAAAGCAAAAGAUGACUGCUUCAUACGUAGGCUUGUGCCUGCGAGUAGGACCCUUGCAGCGGCCAUCAGAUCCCUCAGGAUUUCAGAGACCCCGAGGAGGAAGGACGGCUCAUCUCCGUGUCUGCACAGCUCCAGGCGGGUCUCCAUUUCAGUCUCCACUCACUGCCACCAGGGAGUAGCUGACCAGGGCCCACCCAGUGGCCUGGGAGGAUCAUGGAGCAGACACACCAGAGAUGGCCCUACAGCCCCUUCCCUUCAUAUGCUGUGCGGGGAGCACGGGGAGCCUGCCGACCUUUCCACCAGGGCCCCUGUUCUUCCGCUGAGGCUCUGGUGGAGGUGGGUGUCCUGUGCCAGGCCCCACUCAUGAUGGAAGGAGCGAAUAAAUGCCCAAUUCUUACGAUUAAGGUUUGAUGCGGAAACACAACUGCAGUGAUACCUAUUUUUAUCAGCGCUUGUUUGGUUUUAAAUAAAGUGCACGCUAUUUUAUUAUCUU